AAACUUUUAUUUUUCUAAACUCUUGUUUAAAGUGAUUUAUUAUUGGUUUGAAUCAUGGAUAUAUCAACUACAGAAAAUACUUCUAAAAAAACAGGAUCUGGAAUCGGUUAUAGGCACUUUAUGGCUAUGCUAAUGUUUUUUGGAAUAACUGUUGGAUAUGGCCUACGUGUGGACAUGUCGGUGGCUAUUGUAGCAAUGACAGACAAUUCUACAAAUCCACCUUUUCAGACAUAUCCAGAGUAUUACAAAUAUAAAGACACCGUACUAAGCUCAUUUUUCUGGGGCUACGUUGUUACACAAGUACCAUCGGCUUGGGUUGGAAAACGUUUUGGUCCACAUGUUCCAUUGGGCAUUGCAAUGCUGUUGUGUUCAAUAACAGCUUUAGUAACACCAUUUAUAUCAGAACUGGGUAUAGUUGCAUUAAUUGUAAGCCGUAUUAUAAGUGGAUUUUGUCAAGGAUUCCUAUUUCCAUCAAUGCACAAUUUAUGCUCAAAAUGGGUACCAAAAAAUGAGCGUGGACGUCUAGUCACUUUUGUUUAUGCUGGCGCACAGUUUGGUACUGUUAUAUCAUUACCACUUAGUGGUGCGCUUAGUGAUAAUCCCUCGUUGGGAUGGCCAUCAAUAUUUUAUUCACAUGGUUUGGCUGGUAUUAUUUGGUCUUUGUUGUGGCUGAUGUUUGGAAGUAAUAGUCCAGCUGAGCAUAAGCGUAUUUCGCAUGAAGAACAAAAGUACAUAGAAGCUUCACUUGGUGAUGAACACGAUUCUUCUCAAAGGAAAAUUGCAACGCCAUGGGCCGCAAUAUUUACUUCAUUGCCGAUGUGGGCAUUAAUUAUUGCCCAUUGCAGUAAUAAUUGGGGAUUCUGGACGCUUUUAACUGAGAUGCCAUCUUUCAUGAAACAAGUUUUAGAUUUUGAUUUAAAAAAACUUGGAUUUUUGUCUGCAUUACCAUAUUUAACAAUGUGGCUCCUCAGUUUUGUAUUCAGUUUUAUAUCAGAUUUUGUAAUUAAUCGCCAAAUAUUAUCAGUAGCUGUGAGCCGGAAAGUAGCAAAUUCUAUAGGUAUUUGGAUACCAGCAGCUACAUUGAUACUUCUAACAAUAUUCGCAGACCCAGAUGAGCCCUACAUAGCUGUCGCCUUUUUAACAUUAGCUGUUGGAGUUAAUUCUGCUGUAUAUGUAGGCUUCCAAGUAAAUCAUAUUGAUCUAGCACCAAAUCAUGCUGGUACAAUGAUGGGUAUUACAAAUUGUUUGGGAAAUUGUGUAUCAAUUAUUGCUCCAUUAAUGGUUGCCAUCUUUGUGGAUGAGAGCUCUGGACAAUCAGAUUGGAACAUUGUAUUUUAUAUAUCAGCCGGUGUUUACUUCUUUGGUAAUCUAUUUUUCAUUACGUUUGGAAAAGCUGAAAUUCAACCAUGGAAUGAUUUAGCUUCAAUUAAAGAUAUACAAGAAAAUUAUGUUGCAAAAGUGGAAUCUGCAAGUAGUACUGUACCAAAUGAAAAAUCAACAGAUAAUCCAAAUUCAUACUCUACUUCUAAAGAAAAAUACUGAGAAACAUAAAAAUUUUAUAUAAAUUUUCUAUUUACAGAAAAUUUUUGUGAUAAUAUUUAUUACGAGAUUUUCAUACUGACGUUGAAGUAGCUUUUCAAGUAUAAAAUUAAAUUUUUAUUUUAUUCGUUGUUAAAACAUAAAAUGAAUUGAUGAAAUCGAGAGAGCGUUAAACAUUCUUAAGGUUUGAAUAGUUAAACAAGGGCUUCAUUUAAUUCCAGCUUGUCUGUUUGCUGUGAACUUUUCCAAGUUUCAUAAGCAAUGCAGCUUGAAGCGCUUCAGAUCUCAACAUUAAUAUAUUUAUUUUAUUUCAAUUACCUAUUUAAAAAAAUGUGUUCAAUUUUUCAAUAUUCCCUGAUUUUGUAGCGUUCUUCGAAAAUUUUGAUAAUUAAAAAUAGGAACAUUACCCUUUUUCAUGUUCGGAUGUAUACUUUUUUGUAUUUUUAAUUAUCUAGUCAACAUGAACAAAGAAAACCGGAGUAUAUUCUUCCAUUCAAAGUUUUCAAAUCAUUCCGGAUAUUGAAAAGCAAUUUUCAAUUUAACUUCUCAAUGAAAAUUCGAUCGAUUUGUGCAUAUCAAAAUUUUUAUUGAAAUGUUCUUCUAUGACCGUAUUUGCAAAAUACAGUGACAAAAGAUAAUGAAUCGCUUAAUAAAAAAAAUCUGAAUUUAAUUUUUGAUCUAGGGUACCAAAAAAAGGUCUUUGUAAAUCUUAUAGAGCAAAAUGAUCGGAUGUAAUUUUGCUUUUUAUGAAAAUUUUAAUUUUUAUUAAUAUUAAAUCUACGCGAAAAAUUCAAUGUUGUAAAAUCAUCCAAAACGAAAUAGUUCUUCGUAUUUUUCUACCAAAAAUUGUUUUCUUUGUGCCGGUGUAUUAUCGGAAUACGGUCAUUGCGGAACACCCUAAGUUGUAUAGUACCUAUAUAAGAUAAGAAAUAGCCCGAAGAGCUGAUGUAUAUUAAAAUAUUAAUUGAUUGUUAAUUAA